AUCACAUAAAAGGAUAUUGGGGUUGCUGUGACCUCCUUAAUGAUAUAAUCGCUAAAUUUCAUCAUGGUGACUACAAUAUUCUGAGACGUUUACACGUUUGGUUUUUACAUGUACAUGGCCUUGAUGUACAAAUAUGGGGCAUGGAUUUACCUGUGUCGGGGGUUUAUCGAAUGUUUCUGAUUGGCGUCUUCCAGUUUCCAAUCAGUUGGGAAAAUCAUCAUGAACUUGUGCACGCGAUAAGGGUUUUACGAAAUUUUAAAGCUUAG